UUUGCAUUUUUAGAUUUCAAAAUAUCAUGGAUGAACGAUUUGAAAUAGUAAAACGUGAUCAUCGAUUUCGCCCCAUACGACAAAAACAACGUAAAAUUCAGAUUGAUAAUCGUUUUCAUGGGGUGUUUACUAAAAAGAGCUUUCGGGAACAUUUCACUGUUGACAAACGAGGUCGACCAAUCAAAGAAAGCACAUCAAAAAAUUUGAGAAAAUUUUAUCAUCUAUCGAAAGCGGAAAGAAAACGAAUUCAUAAAGAACGAAUAAAAACUCGUGCGGCACUAAAAAAACAACUGGGUGGACAUGAAUUUCAGAAUGAACAUGACAUUGAGCAAAAAGGUGAAGAUCAUAAAGUGCCAGCCAGUAAAGACAGAAUAAAUGAUUCUGAUAGCGAUUCUAGUUAUUUUAGCUCGGAGGAUGAAGAUUCUGACAUUGAUCUUGCAAGAGGUAAAGGGAAUGUUGAAUCAAGCUCAGAUGAAGAAAAUGAAGUUGAUCAGGCAUUGAAUAAUAGUAAUAUUCUUGAUCAUGACUGGGGAGAGAUGGACAAUAUGGCGCCGAGAUCAGAGGAAACGAGUAACAGACUUGCUUUGUGUGGUAUGGACUGGGACAGAGUCCAUGCAGCGGAUUUGUUUGUAUUACUAGAUUCAUUCAAGCCUUCUGGUGGAUCUAUCAAAAGCAUCACUAUUUAUCCAUCUGAAUAUGGAUCAAAGAGAAUUGCAGAGGAAGAAAAAAUGGGACCCGCAGAAUUAAAAGAAAUGAAACAGGAUGAGUUAGAGGAAGAAUGGCACAAAGAAGAAGGUGAACAAUUUAACAUGGAGAAAUUGAGACAGUAUCAACUAAACAGAUUGAAAUAUUAUUAUGCAGUCAUUGAAUGUGAUUCCAUGGCUACUGCAGAGAAAAUUUAUCAAGAAUGUGAUGGUACUGAAUUUGAGACAAGUUGUUCUAAAAUUGAUUUAAGAUUUAUUCCUGAUGGAAUGGAGUUUAACGAUUUUCCGCCAAAAGAAACUGCAGCUUCUAUGCCAGAUUUGGCUAAAUACAAACCAAUAUCUUUCAUAACUGCUGCCCUCAAUCAAACCAAAGUUAACUUGACUUGGGAUGAAACUGAUCAUAAAAGAACUGCUUUGACAAAGGGGAAGUUUACAAAAGAUGAGUUAGAAAAUAUGGAUGUUCGCGACUUUUUGGCAUCGAGUAGUAGCGACUCUGAAGGUGGUGACGAAUCUCAAUCUAUGAAUAGGAGUAAUUCAAAUAUGAAUAGUAACUCGCUUCAGCGGAGGGGUGAUAUGGAAGACAAGGAGCGUAUGGAAAUGUAUCGAAAACUGCUUCUUGGAUCUGAAGAUGAAAAAGAUGACAUUGAUAUGGAAGUUACCUGGGAACCUGACCUGAUACCAACUGUCAAACAAGAUUUGUUGAAAGAGAAACAAAAGAAAGAAAAACCUAUUUCAAUAGACAAUGGUGAAGAAACUAGUAAGGCAGAAUUAGAAAUGAUUAUGUUGGGAGAUGAAGAAACAAAUCCUGAAUUUGAAAUUGAUGUUAAUGAUGAAAGAUUUUCUGCUGUGUACCAAAAAUCAAACUUUGCAAUAGAUAGAUCAAGUUCUAUGUAUCGUAAAACUGAUGCGAUGGAAAAACUAAUUCAAGAAAGACAAUCAAGAGUUGAAAGCAGUAGUAAUACUGACUGUGUGAAGGCCCCUGAUAGAGUUGAAUCAAAUGAUGUUGAUGCACUUCUUAACUCUGUCAAAUCUAAGUCUGCGCUAUUUGGUAAGAAAAUAAAAAAUUCAAAUAAAUCCUAAAA